AAAUAGAGCGUAGCGUCCAAAAAAACUUGCCAGAGUUAUGAGAGUCACAAUUUCACCUAUUCAAUGAACAUUCAGUACGCAGUCGUAAAACUGUUAGCAUUGUUCACAGCGAGUUAAGUGCUUAGAGAUCUUGGAUUAUUACUAACUCUAACAAUGCGCAGGAAAUAUAGUCUUAAUUUAUUUUUCAUACAAAUAGCAACAGUAAUGCUCAUUGUAAAUUUCGUCGCGGCCGGUUUAUUGAAAAAACUUUCAGAGAAAACUUCGGCAGGAUCGGAUUCGCAAACUGCACACGAAAGGACAGGAGCUUCAAAGCAGAAGGCAACCGAUAUUUUGUCGACAGGACAGUAUUUUCAAGAUAUAUUUUCCGAACAUCUGGCACCUCUCAAAGUUGAGUUUGGUCAUGUUUGUGAGAAUCCUAAUGAAUGGGAACAAAGAUUCGAGCGGAAGGACUUCGAUAACAAUCGUCAUAGUGGCAAGAUCAAAUGGGGUAAUAAAAGAGGAGAAUACGGCGAGCAGUAUUGGGAUUUAAAUCACUAAGUUUACCAAAAGAUUAAUUGUUUAUGAGUAAUCGUUACUAUUUUUGUGUAUAUAAAAAUUAUAUACUAUAUAAUUGUUAUAUCAUUAAUUA